AGAGAGAGAGAGAGAGCGCAGAUCAUUCGUAGAGACCAGAGAGACAGACAGAGAGAGAGGAGGAAGAAACCCUAAUAAUCAACUAUCAGGUGGAAGCAAGGUGAGCUUCAAUUCCAACUUGAUUUGGUUUACCAUCCCAAAUCACAUUGCAUUUGAAGAUCUUCACUACUUAAUAAAGGUAUUUGUGAUUUGGCUAUGGAGAACUCCAAGGGACCAUCAACUAUGAGAAAUAUGUACAGCGGAAAACACUAUUCACUUCCUCCUAAAAGUCCAUUUCCAAGCGUUGCUCCAUUUUAUGCUGAUUAUGCCCCAACUGCUGUGAGUGGACCAAAAGGGGUACCAAAGUAUAAGGAUGGCAAUUCACACCAUCAACGUACUUCUUCUGAAAGCCUUUUGAUAGAAGAACAACCUUCUUGGCUGGACGAACUUCUUGAUGAACCAGAAACACCUGUGCGUAGAGGUCAUCGGCGCUCAUCAAGUGACUCUUUUACAUAUAUGGAAGCGGCUAAUGCCAACAUAGAACGUGCUGCACAAGUUGAGUAUAGACUGAGAAACAUGAAUUCUGCUCCUUCAUGGGGAUCUCAAGACUUUGAUCUUUAUAAAGAUGCCCGAAAUGCAUCUUUUUAUGCAGAACAUAGUCCCUUGAUAAAAAAGAAUCAGGCUUGGGAUUCACCACAAAAUGCAUUGGCACAUUCUAGUGGCACAGCUUCUUUGAGGGACAGCCUUGUUCUUCAAAAUUCUACAACAUCAGGUGCUUCACAAGAGGUCAAGAAAAUUGCUUCAGUGACAACUGAAAAACAAGACACUGUUGAAUCUUGUACACAAGAUUCACACACUUCCUUUGAAAGGAAUGACGCUUCUAAUACCAAGGCUUCUGCAUCAGAAACAGACACAAAACGUGCCAAGCAGCAAUUUGCUCAACGCUCCCGGGUCCGAAAGCUUCAAUACAUAGCUGAGUUGGAAAGAAAUGUACAAGCUUUACAGGCAGAAGGUUCGGAGGUUUCUGCUGAGCUAAAGUUUAUAAAUCAGCGAAGUCUUAUUCUGAGCAUGGAGAACAAAGCACUGAAACAACGGUUAGAUAAUUUGGCUCAGGAGCAACUUAUCAAGUACUUGGAACAUGAAGUUCUAGAGAGAGAGAUUGGGAGACUGAGAACCUUAUAUAAACAGCAGCAACAACCGCCAACCGAACAGCCAAUUCUUAGCCACCACCGGCAUACCAACAGUAGGGAUAGUGUGGAAUCUCAGUUUGCAAACCUUUCUUUGAAGAACAAAGAAUCUGGUGCAGUGCGUGAUGCUGUUUCUGGCCCGCUUCACAUCUGAAUAACAAGUUUCACAACGCAUAACGGGCAUUUUCGUAUCUUGACUCAUCUCUCUGACCGACAUUUUGUCAUCUCAAUGGCAAAAGAUCAAAUUAUUUGCCGGUUUCACGCGGUGUCUUGUGUUUUUUGGUGGUUGUGUAUGUUGUUAUGCUAAUUCAGCAACUUAUUUGCACCUGGUAGUCGUUCGACUGGCUUCCAUUCCAGUUGGUGGCUCGCCGGAGGUGAUGGUGGUAACUAUGCGAUGGUUCCAUGUCUUGAUUGUCAUUUAUUUGGAGGUGUUUUUCGAUGUUGUGUAAUGUUUAUUCAUCUC